AUGCAAUGCGGUGGCUGGUCGACAACACUUCUUACUUCCAAAGGCUCCCUCUAUACUUUUGGUGUUCUCGAUGGCUUGCACAUGCCGCGCGAAGUCAGCUCUGACAGGUACGAACUCUUGAAGUAUCCACCUGGGUUUCCUCAGUCCACGGACAGAUACGAUCCGGCAGUAGCUACGCGACAGUUCUCGUCUGGACGAUCUCACAUCCUAGCACUAUCAGAUAGCGGCAGAAUUUGGUCCUGGUACGCCUUUUGUGAAGACGCGCUUCAUGUCAAGUUCCUUCAUGUCGACAUCAACGAAGCAUCGUCAUCUUCGAGCAGUCAAAUUCUGACCGCGGACGCCACCCGAAUUGGACGCGUUCGGCAGGUUGUGGCUGGGUGGAGCCACAGCUCUGCGUACAUUUACGGGACUGGCAUCAUCUUGUGGAGCCCAGUGAGACGUCCGCGAGGAGAACAUGAUUCAGAUAUGAUGUUAGUCGUCGACUCCGCAGUCGUACCGAAGACAAGCUACCAGCGGACGAAGCAUGCGUCUCGGCAAUCUGAAGACGACAAGGCCCUCGGGGAUGAAGUAGGCAUGGUCAACAACUACAUCGUGCUUGAGCAUUUUGUUGUCUUUGUUACAGAUCUUGGAAAGGUGUUUGCCGCAAAGAUCGGUGCCGAAUCGACCACCACCGAUAUCAUGGAACUCCGUCGCCUUCGGAACGGCACUGGUACGCAUUGGGAUGUCCAAGGGUCUUUCCGACACUUCGCCUCCUUCAAGAAUGACGAGGUCAUCGUUGCCGACCAAGGCUACCUCGAUAGAUGCUGGGACGCGCGUUUUGACAAUCCCGAUCAGAUAAAUAUCCAAGGCCUGCAGCGAAUUCCCGCUCUCCAAAACACCGGCGUGAUAUCCGUUGCAUUCGGCGACUACCACUACCACGCACUCCACAGCAAUGGCCGCAUCACCUCCUACGGUAAAGACCCUCGGGGGUGCGGCGCGCUCGGCCUCGGAAACGAAAACGACUCCCAGGCCUUGAUCCGCGGCAUCCACGUUGUCGGUGCCCGACGCGAAGGUCAACUGCUUCCCGAAACUUACACCACUGGCCGCCAGGUGUGGUUCGAGAAAGAAAAGCGGGAGUACAUGCGCUUCAUGGGAGCCGGUGGCAAGGAUCCCGCUGAGGCAAGCGAGCGGAUACAACUUGCUACUCACGAGCUCGCAGUCAGAGGCGAAGUCAGCGAGUGGUUCGAGCAGGAAACGAGGGACUGGGAUAAGCGUCCCGAGCUUAAGGAUGCAGAUGAGGAUGGCUUGGGUGCGUAUUUUGCGCUGAGUGUGAGUGCGGCCGGGUGGCAUAGUGGUGCGCUUGUGCUGGUCAAUGAUGUGCUUGCGGAGAUGCUGCCUGAGGCUUGCAAGGGUGGGCCGCCGGAGAAGUCGCUGUAUGAGGAGAAGCCUUUUAGCUGGGAGUGGGAGAACUGGCCCAGGCUGAGGCUUGCGGAUGGGAGGGAGAUGCCUGGGGAUGUGGAGUUCUCGGAGUGGAGAAAUGGAAGGCCGGAGUUCGAGCUGAACUUUGCGGUUUGA